AUGACCGAACCCCGCGCCCGUCACAGGCGUCAAAACGCCGCCAUCUUCCCCCCAAAAGACCUCUUGGAACUCCUCUACUCCUUCGGCGACAGCCCCCAACCGCUCAACACCACAAUCCAGACCCUCGACGAGAUCCUCACAGACUUCAUCAUCGAAACCUGCCACGGCGCAGCCCUCUGUGCUUCCUACAGCCGCCGCCAGAAGAUCAAAGUCGAUGACUUCCGCUGGGUGCUGCGGCAUAAUCCGAGUAUGUUGGGCAGGGUAGGAGAGCAGUUGUUCCGGGAGAAAUGGUUGAAGAGUCAGCGGAAAGCGAUGGAUUUUGCGGAUUAUGAGAAGGAGGCGCGGGUGGGACAGCUGGAGGAUUUGGUUGAUGCGGCUGGGGUGGAGGUGGAGAAGGAGAGUGGAACGACGAAGGGCAAGGGGAGGGGGAAGAAGAGGAAGGCGAAGGACGAGGGACGAGAUGGUGGGACAAAAAAGCCUGCUGUUUGA